AUGACGCUGCCAUUACAGUAUUCACUUGAAAAAUUAGAUCAAUUAGAAGGAUCGCCAAUUGUGUUGCCCUUUUUCAACAGUGACAUUGCGUGGCAAAUUGGAACCUUGGCCCGUGAGUUGGCUCAAGAUCUUCCAAAACCAAUCAUGAUCGAUGUGACUCUUGCCAACGGCCAAGUAUUGUUCCACAGCCCUUCAAAACAGGGUACAAUGCCAGACAAUGAUGCAUGGGUGAACCGGAAGAAGAAGACCGUUUUGCGCUUUGGCAAGUCCAGUUUCUACAUGGGCCGGAAAUUGGCCAAGAAAGAGAAGGAUGCUGGUUGCUCGUUAGGUACCGAAAAGGCCUACUUUGUAAGCAGUUUGGAAUAUGCCACACAUGGCGGAUCUGUUCCUAUCAAAGCGGCUAAUUUUGAUGGGCUUUAUGGGGCGUUGACCAUCAGUGGCUUAGCCCAAGAGGAGGACCAUAUGUUUGCUCUUAAGGUUUUGGUGGAGACGAAAAGAAGACUUGAAUCAGUAGAGAAACAAUUAGAUUUGGAUUGA